GGUCAUCCAUAAGUUGCACUAAAAUGGCAACUAUUCGAGAGUCUUCGGUACGGGCUGGUUGAGAAUGAAAUCUACUGGUUUUACAGCCAAACAAGUUUGUGAUUCUCUAGUGGUUGUUGUUGGAGGUGCUGUAGUUUCUGGUGCUAUAUUCUUGUUAUAUCGACGAGAAAACAAGAAAGUAUAUUGCCAAAACGCCUCAGAUUUGCCAGUUGGGCUUCCAAAUCCUAGAAAUGUAUGCUAUUUCAAUGCAUUGAUGCAAGCAAUGGCAGCGAAUCCAAGUCUUGUUCGUCUCCUAAAACGCAGUGUCCACAUUAGGCCGGACAAAUUCAUGUAUAGAUUAUUGUGUUUAUUGGAGGGUUUGCAAUGUUCUUCUCAGUAUAUUGCAGAGAAUAACUUGGGUGGUUUACUAAAAAAGAAUCAUGAAGCGUUAAUUAAUGACAUAGUGAAUACACAAAAUUGGGCUAUUCAUGAACAGCAGGAUGCCCAUGAAUUAUUUGGUUUUAUCAUGGAACGUGCUUGUAGUCAAGAUAAUGAUUUUUCCAGCAAAACAUGUGCUAGAAAAAUAAGUAAUCUGUUCAAUUUUAAUCUUCCGCAUCAUAAACGAAUAGUUGUCUGUCGAUCUCAUUGUUCUGCUAUUGAAAGUGUAAAGUUUCGUGCAAUUUUAUGCGAUGCAUUUCCUACUCAUGUGUUUGAACAAAUUCUGGUGAGUAGCCGGGUAACAUGUAAUUAUUGCAACUAUCAUAGUAAAGUGGUCAUUCAACCGGAAGCUUGUUUAAAUAUAUUUUUAAGGAGUCCCAGCACUGUAAAGACAAAUGUGAAAGGAUUACAACAGUCAUAUGUCAAAACGUCUACAGAAGUGAUAGAUCUUAUUGAAUGUCUUGAUGCUCAGUUGGCAACUGUCGAACCUAUACCUGAUAUGAAGUGCCCUAGAUGUCAGAAAUCUUCGAAAUCAAAAUCCUGUUCAUUAAAUUAUUGUCAACGCGAACAAUGGAUAACACACACUCCUAAAUACCUAGUUUUGUACAUACAAAGAAGUGAUUGGUUAAACAUAGCUAGCUUAUCCACUGAAUCGAAUAAUAUUCGUCAGUUUGGUGGAAAUCCUUUUUCAACUACCAGAAUUGCUACAAAGCGUUCUGAACAUGUACAUAUUCCUGAGUUUUUAAAUAUGGCGCCUUAUUUGUUACCGUGUAGGAUUUUAAAGACUGGGGCUUUAUCUCAGCCUGUAAAUCCAUAUCAUGACAAACCCUCUGGUGGUGUACUUUCCAAUACUUCAGAAUUAUUAGGAAGGGACUGUCCGAAAUCAUACAUACUCCGUUCAGUUAUUGUUCAUGAAGGAGCAUUUCAUCAGUGUGGACAUUAUAUAACGUAUCGUAAAUGGCACACACCUGUAUUGCAUGUGCAACAAAAGUCGUAUUGGUUAGUUAAUAUUUUGUCAAGUUUGUACGAGUAUGUCUCAAACUAUUUUAAAGGAAUAUCAAACACACCUGAUGCCCAUAAUUCGCCAUGGAUACUGACUUCCGAUGCUCAUGUGAUACGUGUACCAUUCAAACACGUGGAAUCAAGUCCUGCUUAUUUGUUAUUUUACGAACGUUUACGUGGAUAUGAUGAUCAGCGAUUCGGAAUAAAAUCAGCGAUCAUUGCAAACGGCACCAACCAUCGUACACAGCAUAGCACUCCUGCGCUAUCACCAAUUGAAGAUACUGAUACGAGUCACUCGGAAAUAUACAGCGAAGAUGAGAGCGACUCAGAUGCUUCGAUUGACAAACAGGGUGUUUUUAGAAACUUAUCAAAAGCAGACAUCAUUAGAUCUUAUGCAUUAUAUACGUCAGCAUCUCAGAUGUAUGAUAAAUCAUGUGAUGUGUUCUACUUCCAUAGUAUUUUAUUUUCUACUUAUUUUACAGUUAAGUGGUGUAGUUUUUGAGAAACGAUGUCAGGAUGUAUUUUUAUU